UUGCGAGAAAAAGAACGGACGUUACGUCAAAGAAAUAAACGGUGGGCGGCGGCGGGAAACACAAAUAUGAGCUACGUCUUUAUAGGAGGGAAAUAAGUUUUAUUUUGCUCCCCGGACUCUAAAAACUACCCAACAUGGUUCAAGAGUUUCAUGUACUGAGGUGUUUUUCCUGUCAAGCCUUUCAAGUACAGCAGGUGAAGAAGAGUAUGAGAUGGACAUGUAAAGUGUGUGGUGAGAAGCAGUCACUGAUGAAGGAGUUUGGUCGAGGCACGGCUGCUGACUGCAGACGUCAUGUUCAGAAGCUGAAUACUCUGCGUGGACAGAUGCUGGAGAUGAACAGUGAACAGCUGUUGUCACAGUGGGAACCGGAUGAAAACUAUGAGAACGAAGAUGUUCCUGAAAGUCUGGUUCAGAACCAUCAAUCAGAGGAAGUGGCUCAUGUCAGUCGCUGGAGUAAAUACACUAAUCAGACCACUGAGGGUCCAAAUGAACAUGAAGAUGAAGAAGACAAGAACGUUUACACAGAAAGACACCGAUUCAGAAGACAAGGAACCAGGAAAAGGAAGAAAAUCUCCUCUUCAGAGUCUUUUGGUGGCGCUCAUGAUAACUGUGAGGAUGAGGAGUCAUUGAUUGGUUGUUCUGGACAAAAGAGAAAGCCGUAUCUGCCACUGCAGCAUGACAGGAGGUUCAAUUCUUUGUGGAAUAAAGGAUCUGCUUCCAAAUAUUCCUCCUGUGGCAGGUCAGGUGACAUGGAGCCGUGCACUAGCACAGAUCUCCCAUCAUCCCGCCAGGUUGAUCCAUACUCUACAGCUAGCUCCACUUCCACAUACGUAGUGAAAAACUCUGGUGAAAAUAAACCGCAGUGUAACUCUUCACAUAAGCCACCAGCAGUUGUGAAAACCGAAGGUCUUCUCCUGCACAGCAGAUGUUCUUCUGUUUCUUCUAACCAGACGUUUGAAGAAACUAGUAUUGAGAAUAAGGAAUCAAAAUGGAAUAAAUUCCUCACCGCAGUCCCUAAUCAGCAGGAUGAGGAAGAGUACGACUAUGAAGCUCAUAGUUCGUCUCACUGCGACGACAAAUCAGCAGUGCCUUAUUUCACAGAAACCGUUACAGACAUGGGUGUGGAUUCAGAAGAGCGCAGAUAUCCACCGAAUGUUGGUGAUCUUUGUGUGGAUGGAAACUUUUUCAGUCCAAGCAAAAGUCACAGCUCAGAGCCAGCUAGUUUUGAAGACGCUGUCUGUAAACCGCCUUCACUGACCAAGACGCCAUGUUCAAGCCUUUCUUUAAACUCCCUGUUCUUUACCGAUGAAGACUUUGAUGACACAUUUUAAUAAGAUGCAUUCUAUUGAAAAGUAAAAAGUUGUAUUUUGUUACUAAAACCUCUUCAAUAAAUUAAAAUUCAUUGGCAUGUAACCCCAUUCUCCACAGUCAUGCACGAGUAAAAAGACAAAAAAAAAUAAACUUUUUUUUUGCAUUUUAUUGCGUAUAGAAAGGACAGGAAUUUUAGAAGACCUACAGUAACAUUUACCCAAAUCCAUCUGCUCAUUCAAACGAACAACAAAAAUACCCCCAAGUUUCUGCUUCGUCUGACUCUUGGUUGUGUAAAUGCAAAUAGAAAAAAAAAAAAAAAAAAAAAUCACACAAA